UUUGAAAUUAACUCAAAAGUAUGUGCGCGCGAGGAGAGAUAAGGUGAGAGAGAGUAGAGAGAGAGAGGGAUGGUGGUUGAGAGUACUACGGAACGAAGUACGGACAGCAUUAUCCAAACGAGACCAGCCAUUGACAAAGAUUCUUCUUUUACGAGCCCUAGCUGCCCUACGAACCCGGCUGCUUUCCCUCCGAGUCAGGGGGCUCGAACGAAGGAAAUGGGGCUCAAGACUCCUAAAUUUAGCAGAGUUUCAAUUGUGGAAUUACAGCUAAAAAACUUCUCUCCCUUUCUGCUCCAAAUCGGACAUGGACACGAUCCCGGCCUCCUCCCGGCCCCCAUAAACACGAAUUUUUUUUCCUUAUUCAAAUCCCAUCCCUUCCACCAAAGCUGACCCUUGAUUAAUUGCGUUUUCUAGGGUUUCAAUUUGAGGCCCUGGAAUUCGCUUUGAAAAGGACGAAAGCAAGUGAUUCUGGAGCUCCAUGUUCAGCUCAAUUGCCACUUUAUUCAACCUAAUGGGCUUCAAAUUUUCAAAACUGGGGCCAGGGAAGGCUGAAAACCUGACUUUACUCCAUGUCCAACAUCAGUUUUUUAGUUAUCUCUCCAGAAGUUUCUUUCGGAACUUGGUAUCGAAGCAAAGGAGGCGAAUGCUCGUUGGUGGUUAUGAUCUUGACAUGUCAUAUAUAACAGAUCGUUUAUUGGCUAUGUCAUUUCCUGCGGAGCGUAUGCGGGCAGUGUAUCGUAAUCCACUCUGGCAGGUGAAAUCUGUACUUGAUAUGAGACAUCAGGGUCACUAUAAGGUGUACAACUUGUGCAUAGAAGAAGCUUAUGAUCCAUCACAUUUUCAUGGACGUGUGGAGAGGUUUCCAAUGGAUGACAACCAUGUCCCACCUCUCGAAAUGAUCAAGAACUUUUGUGAAAGUGUGUAUUCGUGGCUUUCGAGCGAUCCAAAAAACAUUGCAGUUGUGCACUGCAUGGCAGGAAAAGGUCGGACGGGCAUGAUGGUGUGUGCUUACCUUGUUUAUAGUGGUAUGUCAGUAAAGGAGGCUCUUCAAGUGUAUGCGCAGAAACGGACCACCAAUAAUGAGGGAGUCUCAAUCCCAAGCCAAUGUCGCUACGUUGGGUACUGGGAGAAUUUACUUUGUUUUCCUAAGGGAGUUGGCCCUCCAGAUGUGAACUUGCCUCAACCAUGUAGGAGAGAAUUGCUUCGAAUUCGACUUUAUGACACGGUUAACAUUGGUUCUGUUUUCUUUGUGGUCUCAGAGUUGCAAGAGGUUCCUGGUGAGCGAUAUUAUCCACCUGUGGAAGUGUUCAAAGGCUGUUGCAGACAAGUUAAAAAAGGUUAUCCUAGAACAAAUAGUCAACGGUAUUAUCUCUCAUAUAUCGAUCGAGAUGGUUGUGAGAAUCAAUCGGCAACAGUAGAACCUCAUCUGGUAGCCCAAAUGGACACAGAGAGUCCUGUACUCUACCAGAAAACCUGCCUUGACUAUAAUUUUGAAAAACCAGUAAAAGUUACUGGAGAUGUGCGUGUCAUAUUGUAUGAAAAGAUGAUUGGAGGGCGUCUCUUCUAUGCUUGCUUCAAUACGGCUUUCAUUAAAAACAGCUUAUUACAGUUUUCUGUUGGAGACUUGGAUAAAGUUGGGAAGAAGGGAAAGUCAAUAUGCGGCCCUGCAUUUUGCUUGGAGUUGCUUUUUGGUCCUGCGAAUUCAGACUGUUUGUUCUCUGCUUCUUGCGAUGAUGGUUAUUCUAGCGAUGAUUAAGCUUUGAAGAGUUUUUUGUUCACAUCACUAUCUUUUUUUUCAGUAGGUGGUGUAUUGACGAUUUCUUAGUUUUACAACCGGUGCUUUUUAUUCCUAUUUUGCCAUAUAUUUUUUCGUUGGCAAGAAGUCAAUAGGAAUAACAAGUGAAAUAUUGUGUUUAGAAUUCGAGAGCAUAUGAAAAAAAAUAUACUGUACUACACAAAUGAAGAAAUAGUUUCUCU